ACACACUUUAAAGUUCCGCCGUGCUGACGUAACGGGCGGCUGGAAUGUUGAUACAAUGGCUGCGACGUUCUGCAGGCUGGUGCGUCCGUGUGGCCGGCUGACGAGGUUAUUCCCCUUGGCCUUGUCCCAGCGCAAGAUCCUCGCUGGAGGGUGGCGGAAAGUGGCACUGGGGCUGGGAGCGACGCUGGCCGCUGUUCCCAUCGUACAGCAUCAACCUCCAUCUCUCAAUCAUGAAGAUUUAAUCAAACGUGCUGUUUCAUUGGUUACGGAUGGUGCCAAUACUUUUCUGUCACAAACUACUCUUGCACUCAUUGAUGCUUUGACAGAGUAUACCAAGGCAGUCUAUACCCUGAUCUCCAUUCAACAGAAGUAUAAUGGGUUAACUAGGAAGCUAAAUGAAAAAGAAGAAGCAGCCAUUUGGCAGGUCAUCAUUGAAGCUCGUGUAAAGAUGAAAGAGAAGCAGGAGAGUUAUCUCAGUUUUGAGACCAAGUGGAUGACCGCAGUCCAGCUAUGUGAAACGGCAGCCGAGGCUGCGUAUCAGGCAGGUGCAGAUCCAGCCUCAGUGUCUGUGCACACACACGUUCAGGUGUCCCAGACCCAGGUGAAUGAAGUGAAACAAAUCGCCCUGAAAGCUGAGGCGAAACUAGCUGAAGUUCAGGUCGAAGAAAUUCGUCUCAAGGGGAAAGAGGAGUCAGUUAAAGACACACAGCAGCCUGCAAUUCAGCCGGCAAAUGAAGAUGAAAUACCUGAACAGUAUCUGCGGGAAGACUAGUCUGUAGAAAUACUUAACCCGAUAGAAUUUAGUGAACUGUGGAUAUGUUUGCUUAAAUUAGCCAGUCUGCUGACAUUUGUAAAUUCUACCAAUAAUUUUGUAAUAUGUAAUUUUUGUAGAAACUUUAAAAAUUGCUCACAGACUACUCAAAUAGGAUUUCUUACAGCAGUGAUUCUUGCCGUCUUUUUUUCUAAAAAAAAGUUUGUAUUAAUUGUCAUUCAUAAUACAGGUAAUCCAUUGAUUUAACUGUUCUUUAUAGGGGGCUUUGCAGUGAAAAUAGGAGCUCCCAAAUUAACAUUGAAACAGUAUAUUCUGUUAAACAAAGGGCUGAGCAAAGCAGAAGGACUAGUUCCAUGUGUUUUCUUUUUUUUUUAUUUCAACUGUCCUUGCCUUUAUUGUGUUACCAUAAUUUUCUUGUAAGUACAUUUGAAAAAACGUAAGUAUAGAAAGGUAGUGAAUUAUCCUGUACCUCGAGGUGUUCUCGGUGCUAGAUCAGAAGGACAAUGAAACAGGAAAUGAAUACAUUUUUGGGACACUGAGGAAGGGAAGACUUUGAAGAAAUGUCUCAGCAGCAAAGCCACGAACGUAUUGAGAGAUUCAUUCUCAACUCCAUUUAAAAAUGUGCCUCCCUUUUUCUGAAACUUAGCCCAUUUCUAGAUCCUACGCAGAAGGGAACAUUCACUCUGCCACUGUGUCCCCUAAGCUGUGCGGGUGCGCAGCCACGCAGUGACUGCAAUGCUCCUGCGCACGUAUCCUUUGUUGCCGUGCUUUUUAUAAAGUGUGUUAUUAAUGUGCAGCACAGUUUCAGGCUGUGUUUAUUUAAAAAUAAGUAAAUAAAUUAUUCCUGCUCAGAGCAAUGGUUGGUCUGCCCAGCUUUAAAAGACAUAUAUAUAUAUAUAUAUAUAUAUAUAUAGAGAGAGAGAGAGAGAGAGAGAGAGAGAGAUUGCUUCCUGCAUCUCUAAACUGCCUCAAGUAGAUGUAGAUGUAUCAUUCUUUACAGGGUACCAUGAUAGAAUUUCAGUCAUGAAGAAGGGUCUUGGACUGAAACAUCAACUGUUUAUUUAUUUCCAUUGAUGCUGCCUGACCUGCAUUCUGCGCGUGUUGCUUUGGAUUUCCAGCAUCUGCAGACUUUCUCAUGUUUAUUAUAGACAAUGUGUAGUAACCCAAGUCAAGUGUCCAUUUAUAGCAACGCUUCCCUACUCUUACACUCCGCUCAAGCCAACAUUGUGUAGGACUUCCUACUUGCUGCUGUAGCUGUCUACCAGCAUGUUUCAGCCAUUGGCGCCCUCACCUGUGCAGCAGAGUCCUAAAACAUCUCUAUCUAAACAUUUGGCUUUUUAUUCUUCCACCCAAGAUGGACAGCCUCAUAGUUUGCACGUUUUACUCCUUAAGGUGAAUUUAUACCCAUUCAAUGUCCCUUUACUCACUUAAUUUGCUAACCUACAUGUUCUGUAAGUUCCUCAAUUUGGUCUACAUUCCCUUUGGAACCCUCAUUUGAGUUAUUCAUACAGGUUGUGAAGAAUUGAGGUGCCAGCACUGAUCUGUGUGGGACCCUUUUAGUUACACCUAGAUGAAAGAUCUAAAGUAUUUGCUAAGAUCUCUCCAUCUAAGGUAAGGACAUGUUUAGCACAGCUUUGUGGGCCGAAGGGCCUGUAUCAUGCUGUAAUUUUUCUAUGUUCUAUUUCUUCAUAUUAUUAAUUCGCCAGUCAUGUAGAGCAUAGAACCCUUGGCCCACAAUGUUGUGCCUCUCAAUAACCUAGAAUUUCCUUACAGCAUAGCCCUCUAUUUUUCCAAGUUCUAUAUACCUACCUAAGAGUCUCUUAGAAGACCCUGUUGAAUCUGCCUCCACCACCAUCACUGGCAGAGCAUUCCACGCACCCAACACUCUCUGUGUGGGAAAAACUUACCUCUGUACCUGCUUCCAAGCACCUUAAAACUAAACUCCCUUUGUUAUCCAUUUCGGCCCAGGGAAAAAGCCUCUGACUAUCUACGCGAUCAAUGCCUCUCAUCAUCUUAUACACCUCUAUCAGGUCACCUCUCAUCCUCCGUCGCUCCAAGGAGAAAAGGCCAAGUUCACUCAACCUAUUUUAUGAAGGCACGCUCCCCAAUCCAAGCAAUGUCCUUGUAAAUCUUCCGGGGCACCUGUUUACUUUCUGCAUUUUGUAUGUAACUGUAUAUUUCGUGCUUGCUUUCCUGGUUGUUUUCCUCCUCAUUUUUAGUCAUCUUUCAGUGGUUUCUCAGUUGUGUUUUUAUACUCUCUUUCCUGUAAAUGCAAAUAAUGUUCUUCAAUGAUACAGUCACUCAAACAUCUGGGUCUAUCAUGCACUAGCUGUAGAAUAUGUAGAUUCUUAUUGAAGCUGUUUGACUGUCUGAUGUGAAUAUCAUUUUCAUAGGUGAUUAUGUCUAUGAAGGGAUAAC